CACCGAGUACCGGCGCGCACACUGGCCGGCACGUUUGCGCCAACACGAUUUGCGCGCAUUAGAUACUCGACACAACAUUCUCGCGACACCCAAUUCAAGAUGAAGCCGAGUGCACUAAUUGUUACAUUAUUGUCAUUUCUUGUGUUAACAGACUAUGCCUGCAGUCUAAAUAUCCUCGGAAUAUUUCCGUACAAUGGCAAAAGCCAUUUUAUUGUGUUCCGUGUUUUUUUACGUGAACUCGCCAAACGAGGUCAUAAUGUGACUGUUAUUUCUCAUUUCCCAGAACAGGUUCCACCUGCAAAUUAUCAUGAUAUUAGUUAAGCUGGAAGUAUAAAAGCCAUAGAAGGCGAGGAACCUUUUGAGAGCUCAUAUUUUACACUAUUUCUUAUGAGUCAAUUCCUUGCAGACACCGGUGUGGAGAACUGCAAAAUAUUGCUAGCCGACGACAAAGUGCAAAGAUUGAUUAAGGAAAAACCAAAGUUCGACGUAAUUGUUGUGGAACAGUUCAAUAGCGAUUGCGCUUUGGGUAUUGCCUAUAAGUUCCAAGCUCCUGUUGUGGGCAUAAUGUCGCACAUACUGAUGCCUUACCAUUAUGAAAGAUUAGGUGUCCCUUACAAUCCAGCGUAUGUCCCUUUCCAUUUCCUAGAAGGAGGGACUAAACCCUCAUUGUAUCAUAGAGUGGAGAGAACAAUAUUUGACUUCUACUUUAGAAUGCUUAAUCGUUAUUACACACAAAGGAGUAACCAGAACACGCUUGCUCAAUACUUUGAUGAUAUACCUCCUCUAGAAGAACUAGGAAGAGAAAUAAAGUUUCUUCUUCUGUAUCAUAACUUCAUUCUUACUGGAUCCAGACUGUUUCCUUCCAAUGUAAUUGAAGUCGGAGGUUUCCAUGUCGUCGAUGCAAAACCAUUGACAGGUGAUCUUAAAAAGUUUGUAGAAGAGGCCGAACAUGGAGUCAUCUAUAUUAGUUUCGGGUCCAUCGUCAAAGCUUCUACUAUGCCAGCAGAAAAAGUACAAGAAGUUUUGAAUGUCAUGAAACGACUGCCUCAAAGAUUCGUCUGGAAAUGGGAAGACAAAACUUUGAUGGUAGAUAAAGAUAAACUUUACACGAACAGUUGGUUACCCCAAGUGGAUAUUCUAGCUCAUCCAAAGACGUUAGCGUUUUUGUCUCAUGCUGGGAACGGUGGUACAACAGAAGCCAUUCACUAUGGCGUUCCAAUGGUAGCCAUGCCGGUGGGUGGAGACCAGCCCGCUAAUGCAGCAGCUAUCGAAGAAAGCGGCCUCGGAGUGCAGUUACAAAUCCGAGACUUGAAUGAAGAGAACUUACUGAAUGGUUUCAAAAAAGUAUUAGAUCCCAAAUUCCGCCAGAGAGUGAAGGAAGUAUCAAAGGCAUGGCAUGAUCGGCCACUAUCGCCCCUCGACACCGCAGUCUACUGGACUGAAUUUGCUGCCAAAUAUCCCAAUUUCAACUUCAGAACCGCAGCAGCUGAUGUGCCAUUCUACCAGUAUAUACACCUAGAUGUAGCCGCUGUUUUCAUCACAAUAAUUAGUCUAAUAUUUAUUGCACUCCGAACAGCACUCAAAGUUUGCUGUGGACGGAAAGAAAGUAAAGGAAAAUCUAUAAAAAGUAAUAAAAUUGAAAAGAAAAAGGCAAAGCGUGCGUAGACGCAUGCAGAAGACGAAACAAUAUUGGUUCACUUGGAAAACUCGGUCGGAUCUUAUUCAAAUACCCAAGAACACGUCGCUACAUUGCAUUGUAUAAACUUCUGAAAAACAAAACUUAUAGAACUGCAUAUUUCAUCCACUAGUCGGCCGUCAGCCUGACUGCUCUCUGAUUUACCUAGUUAAUAAAACCGUAAUAAAUAAAAAAAAUACUUACAUUAUUUAUAUUCUAAAUAAGGAGUUGUUUGAACUGUAUGGAAAUUGCAUGGUGUGGUUAAAAUUGACCGUACGUUAAGAGGGGAAGUUGUCAUUGAAAUAGAAAACACUUGUCGAAAAGAUUAUCUAGAUUAUUAUAUUUUGAUCUUAUUUCAAAUUAUCAUUAUUUGAGAAAUAAUUAUAAAUAAAUAAUUAUUUGAGAUAAA